GGAGGUUCAUGGGAAUGAAGCAAGUGACCAGAGAAGGAACUCAAGAGUGAAGAGAGAUGGGGGCAACAGGAAAUGGGAAAAGAAGGCGGGGCUGGGUAUCCUGUGGAGUGAACUGAGGCUGGCAUCUACCCAGGGCCACUCCUUGGAUCCUUAAGCCCUCAGAAGGACCUUUGUCCCACCACACCCUCGCCCUGACAGUCCUGUCUGUGCCUGAGGAAAUGUGUCAUAUGCUCUGACCAGGCCCCUCUGGGAGCCCCAGGCCCCUGCUGGGUCCCAUCAUCCCUACAGAGAAGCUACUUCAUACUAGCCCAGGAAGCACCCAGUUCCAGUAGUCAGAGGAGCCAUGGAGGAGAGAACUGGUCAGCAGAAGCAGGAGAGGCCCAGCGUUCGUCUGGAAAAGUUACAGCGCUGGGCGAGGCAGCAGCAGAGUGGACACCUCUUGGUGCUGGCGGUGAGCCAGCUAUGGCUAGCAAUUGCUGUGGCGCCCUUUACUGUCUCAGUCGCCUGCCUGAACUCUGCUUGUCACAUGGCCACAGCACUGCCCCUUGGGCCUGCAGCCUCGGGUCUCCUCACUGGGGCUGUCACCCUUGAGCUGCGCAGAGCUCCCCGCCUCUGGAAGGUUCGGGCCAUGAUGACCUGCAAUACCUUCAGCUUGAUCCUGGGCUUCGUGGUGGUGGUGGUCGAGGUGAUGAAGACAGCUUUGGCGCCCACCCCAGCUGACCCCUCCCAGUUGCCUGGCUUGCUGGUUUUGGAGCUCAGCAUGGAAGCCUUCACCCUAGGAGGAGUGUUGGCUUCAGCAUACGCCCUAUUCCUAUUGAGUCAGAGGAAGCCAGGGUGCUGCCGGAGCCAGAGUCUGCACUACCAGGAGCUGCAGGAGGGCCUCUCUGCGUUGGAGGAGGAAGCUCCCGUUCUGGAGAAUGGUCCCACGAUGGCUAGUCCAGCAAACUGAACCAAUAAAUAAGUGACCCAGCCACGAAGGGACAACUCAGGCGAUGCGCCCCUUUUGCUCCCCUUU